AUGUCGGCCGUGGUCGGACGAGAAGCGGUAGCACUCACCAAGUAUACAGCUUCGCUUGGCGACGAAGUACCGUGCCGCUACCAGACCAACCUCAAGGGCGUCUGCGUCUGCAACGCCACUCAAUGCGACACCGUCUCGAAUGACUACAAGACACUGACUGAGGGACAAGUGGGCGUGUACACGUCGUCCAACGCUGGCGACCGCUUCGCGUACAAGGUCGUCAAUGUCGACGCGACGGCUGCCACAGAUGGUACUGGACCAGAGAAGGGGCUACAGUACUCUCUAGGACGCGUGACUAGCGGCUCCACGGACGUUUCGACGAGCAUCUACUCGUACAACGACAACCCGGGGGAUCUCGCGCAGGCCAAGUUCUCUAUCGACGUGGAUCGAAAGUCGAACAAGAUCGACUUGAUCCAACGCGCUCUCCGCACGUCCACGCGUGAUGUCAAGCUGUACGCGUCUUCGUGGGCUCCUCCUGCCUGGAUGACGACAGAGAACACGACGAUCAACUGCGCAGUCAAGGGAAAACCCGGUGAGGCGUACUGGAAGUCGCUGGCUCUGUACUAUUCCAAGUUUUUCGACGCGUACAAGACGGAGGGCAUCGAGUUCUGGGCCAUGACGGUGCAGAACGAGCCCACCAAGUCCAUUCUCCAGACGUCGGCGUGGCAGUCGCUGCGGAUGUCUGCCGAGGUGCAACGUGACUUUGUCAAGCUGGAUCUGGGUCCCACUAUGGCCCAGAGCCACCCUGACCUCAAGAUCAUUGCAGGCGAUGACCAGAAGUCAGGCAUCUUGGACGAACUGGCGCCGUUCCAAGACCCAGAGUCGCUCCAGUACAUCAGCGGACUGGGCGUCCACUGGACGUCAACAACUUUGUGGUCGGCUGGACCGACUGGAACUUGGCUCUGGAUACCGCGGGAGGCCCCAACUGGGCCGAGAACUUCGUGGACGCGCCCAUCCUGGUGGACGAAGAGGGCGGCGCCGAGUUCUACAAGCAAGCCGAUGUUCUACGUCAUGGGUCACUUGUCCAAGUUCGUCCCUGCUGGCUCGCGUCGCGUCGACUUCCCCAAGUCCAAGACGCUCAGUAACUUCCACCGCACGGCGUUUGUGACGCCAGACAAGAACGUGGUGCUGCAGUUCUUGAACCGCGAUAACUCGGACGUCACGGUCAGUGUCAAGCAGACUGACGCCAAGACCUUCACGCUCCAGCUGCCGGCGCACUCGAUGCAGACAGUCAUUCUCCCUGCCUCGAGCGCUACGAAGAUCCAGUCGUAA